AUGGGUUCGGGCAUUUCUCGAUGUGUUUGUCCUUUUCAAAAUUCGCAUCAGCUGAUAAAUCCUUCACUUAUCACCAUUUCUCAAAAAACUACCACGUUGGUUCCCGACUUCAACAGUCAAAAUGAUCAUAUAAAUUCCCUUACAUUGAUAUUUGUAACAAACCUUAUAAAAGAGGCCGAGCGCAAAUUAAAUUCUCAUGAACGCAAUAAAUCAAUCAAUCUACUAUUGAGAGCAACGCAACUGGGCUCCGCAAGUGCCGCAACGAAACUGGGUUCGAUUUAUUUGAAUGGAAUUGAUAAUGACUCGGAAGACACGGAAAUCUCUCCAGAUUAUGUUUCUGCUGCGACGUAUUAUUUUGUAUCUUUAAAACUUACUUUAAUGAUUCCUUAUGCUUCAUGGGAUAUUGAAUUGAUCCUCGAAACCGUCUCAGCCUUAACAAACCUAUAUUGCAAUCAAUUAGGAGAUCCCAAUAAUUUAGAUAUUUUAAAUCAUGGGGUGAAAUUAAUGGGUGAAAUUGACAAGAAUCUACAAGAUACGUAUUUCAUGAGGAUUUGUUCGUAUAAGCAAACUCAAAGGAAAAGGGCAUCUCGCAUUCACAUAAAUUAUUGUCGCGCGAUAACCGCUGAAUCAAAAGGUGACCUUUUAGAAGCCUUAAAAGGUUUCGAAGAAUGUGAACUGAUCGGACAAUGUGGGAUAGAAAGUGCCGAUAAAUUAAUUAAAAAAGCAAAUUCUAGUAUGCAUAGGUUAGAUAAUACAAGACCAAAAGUUCAACCAAUUUGUGCCCAAUGUAAUUUUGAAGCUAAAGAAUUAAUUGAUAUCUGGAAUUUAUUAAUUUGUACAAGAUGUAAAAAGGUGACUUGCUGUAGGGAAUGUCUAGACAAACAUAUAAUAGGUCAUCUGGGAAGAACUUAA